AUGCCGAAGCGGACCGAAGAUCGGCCUCCGCCGCCGAGAGGGUUAAGGCCACCGAGUCGGCGGCUGGAGCGGCCGCGGGAGGACCGGGGAGGCGGGGAGGGGGCGGAGAAGGCUCUGCAGCCCGCGGAAGAGGAGCGGGAAGCCGCGGAGAGAGACGCCUCUCUUCAUACCCAAGGGACUAAAGGCAUCAUCACCCAGUCAGAGGUGCAGGGGAAAGAGAUGGAAGAGCAGAACCCAGAAGGACCUGGAACUGGCAAGGCAGAAACUGAAAGCCUCCAUCCCACCCAAACCAAGAGUGAUGUUGAAUUCUGGGACUGCCCGGUGCCAAUUAUCCAUGAUCAGCUCACUGCCAUCUCAGAUGUACAUCGCCAACGCUUCCGGCAAUUCCACUACCGGGAGGCCGAUGGGCCCCGAGAGGUCUGCAGCCAGCUCCAUGGACUUUGCAGCCAGUGGCUGAGGCCGGAGAGGCGCACCAAGAAGCAGAUUGUGGACCUGGUGAUCCUGGAGCAGUUCCUGGCCAUUCUGCCCCAGGCAAUGCAAAGCUGGGUCAGAGGAUGUGGGCCGGAGACCAGUUCCCAGGCGGUGGCCCUGGCCGAAGGUUUCCUCCUGAGUCAGGCAGAGGAGAAGAGGCAAGCAGAACAGAUGUGGGCACCAUCCGUGAAGACAGAAGCUGCAAUUCCUGAGGCAGAAGGAGCUUCUUUGGAGCAAGGGCAGAGGGCACAGGCCACGGAGCAGGCCCAAGAUGCCCUCUGCUGUGUACCAAGCAGUGAAGAGAUGCUGUUGAGUGUUCCUCUUUUCAGAGAUGUGAAAACGACUGCUGCAGCUCCAGUCCAGGGUCCCUUUUCCUUUGAGGAGGUGUCCGUCUCUUUCACGGAGGCUGAGUGGGCCCUGCUGGAUCCAGGACAAAGAGCUCUGUACAGGAAAGUCAUGCUGGAGAACUAUGGGAGCGUGGCCUUUCUGGAAAUGAGAAGUAUAAGAAAGACAGUGGUGGAAACAGACCAUGGCUUUGCAUCCAAAGAAAGGCUGGAGAGUUCAACAAGAGGAUCCGAAGAGCAUAUUUCCUUCCCAAAUGAGCUGGCUGAGACAGAGGAUGAUCAGAGAAAUGAGGAGGACGAGGAACUUCAUCAGCAAAUGCCAGUCAGAGUUAAAAAUGGCUUGAAAGGAAACGUCAGUUUUCGAGGCCUACCUGAGAGAAAGUACGGUGGCCAUAUGGCUGAGAAUCAAGAUGGAAGAAAGCAUAACAUAACUAAGCACAUGAUAAUGAAGGCAAGUAAAUCCGUUAAGUGUGGAAAAACCCACACAAGGGAGAAACCAUUUGAAUGCUCAGAGUGUGGAAAGAGAUUCAGUCAGAGCGGCAAUCUUCAAGCCCAUCAAAGAACCCACACAGGGGAGAAACCUUUUGUAUGUUCAGAGUGUGGAAAGAGAUUCAGUACGAGUGCGUAUCUUCAACGGCACAAAAGAACCCACACAAGGGAGAAACCUUUUGAAUGCUCAGAGUGUGGAAAGAGAUUCAGUUGGUGUAGCGAUCUCCAACGGCAUCAAGUAACCCACACGGGAGAGAAACGUUUUCAAUGCUCAGAGUGUGGAAAGAGAUUCAGUCAAUGUGUCAGUGUUCAACUGCAUCAGAGAACCCACACAGGGGAGAAACCUUUUGAUUGCUCAGAGUGUGGGAAGAGAUUCAGUCGGAGUAGCAGUCUUCAAGAGCAUCAAAGAACCCACACAGGGGAGAAACGUUUUGAAUGCACAGAGUGUGGAAAGAGAUUCAGUCAGAGUAGUCAUCUUCGAAACCAUCGAAGAACCCACACAGGGGAGAAACCUUUUGAAUGCUCAGAGUGUGGGAUGAGAUUCAGUCGGAGUUACACUCUCCAACAUCAUCAAGUAACCCACACAGAGCAGAAACCAUUUGAAUGCACAGAGUGUGGGAAGAGAUUCAGUUGGAGUUGCAGUCUUAAAGAGCAUCAAAGAACCCACACAGGGGAGAAACCUUUUGAAUGCUCAGAGUGUGGGAAGAGAUUCAGUCGGAGUAUCAGGCUUCAGCUGCACCAAAGAACCCACACAGGGGAGAAACCUUUUGAAUGCUCAGAGUGUGGGAUGAGAUUCAGUCGGAGUUACACUCUCCAACAUCAUCAAGUAACCCACACAGAGCAGAAACCAUUUGAAUGCACAGCGUGUGGGAAGAGAUUCAGUCAGAGAAGCAAUCUUCAAGUCCAUCAAAUAACCCACACAGGGGAGAAACCUUUUGCAUGCUCAGAGUGU